CUGAGUAAUUAAGGUUCAAGUUUCUUCUCUUUGUGAGCUCUUCUCCCUGCUCAGCGCCAUGAAGAAAGCAUCAACGGAAGAAGUAUGGUGAGGAGAAGUGGUCAUCGGUUCUGGAAGACAAGGAAUCGGAUGUUUACGACCAGGUUUUGAAGGCUGAUCUAGCGGCAGAGCAGGUCGAUGUUUUCAUUGUUGAUGCUUCGUCUGUUGAACACGAGCAGUUUUUUAACUCAUUUGGGGAUGAACAGCUUCAAGUACCUUCAAUGGAGUCCGAUCGUUUAGCUAAUGGUGACGAGCUGGUGUCGGGCUGGGGAGAUCGAACCACAACCUCCGGCGAGUAGCGUCUCGAGCGGCUCCGAUCAGGCCCAGGCAAGUCCGACUUCUGCUAUGGAACCAGGCGUUUCUGGAUCAGGGAAGGUUCAAACUGCAGCUUUGGUUUUCUUGCAAAUCAAUGCUAGUCCGACUGCUGGUUUUGCAGUCAAUAUGAGCAAUGGUGGAUCAGAAAUUGCGAAGGACUGUAGGUAUUUGAAUGAUCCUAUGGAUUCUACUGUUUGUUCUGAGAUUGAUCGCAUGCAUGUAAAUACAUUAGAUGAAGCCAUUCAUGUUAUUUGUAACUGCAAAUUACAAAUCAGGUGUUUGUGCAAAUGCCUCUACCAUAACUGCUUGCUUGAAUGGCCAAACUACUUAUUUUCAACAAUCCUCCAAGCAUCCAAAUGGUGCUAAACCUGCCCAUGACCUAUCCUAUGUAUGGAAUAGGUUGGACGUAAUCAAAAUUGAUGAUGUUCCUAAGGCGGCAGUUAUGUUAGAUGAUGGAAGUUCUGUGACUUUGAACAUGGAGUCCGUCCAUGCCAACUUAGUUAGGCUUGAAAGAUGGCUAGUGUGCAAGCUUAUUGGGUGAAGGUUACCUUACUUUGUGCUAAACAACGAAUUAAAGUUUGAAUGGUCAAUAUUUGAAGAUUUUCAGCUCCUUUCCAUUUCCCUGGAUUCUUUCAUUUGCCUCUUUGAAAGUGCUGAGGCUUUGGAUGCUGUCCUUAUGGGUAGACUGUGGGUUAUUGGUGGGUAUAUUGUUGGUUUUGAUCGUUGGUCUCCUUCAUUCUCUCCUCAAUCAAUGGUAGGCCUAUCUUCUCCUAUUUGAAUUCGCUUGCCUCACUUGCCUCUAAUGUAUUGGGACAACACCAAUCUUGCUCUGAUAGCUUCUUUCUUUGGACCACCUCUAUGAGUUGAUGCUCAAACAAACUCCUAGGGGAGAAAUGCUUUUGCUCGUAUUUGCGUGCAGAUGGAUUUGGUGCCAAGCUUCCUCCAGGAGUUUGGAUCUCUGGGCUCCAUGGCAAGUUUUUUUAAAGGGCGGAAUAUAAGGAUAUCACUCACCUUUGCUUCCAAUGUGGCUUUGUUCGACACAACAUAAGUAAUUGUCCCAAUGUUCCUCAAUCCUCCAAGCUGCCCACACAACAACCUCAAUGUAGAUCGAAUCCUCCAUGUGUUUUGUGCAAGAUUAGCAGCACCCCUCUUCUAGUGACCCUCUCGUCACUAAUAGUUGCCCUCCAAUGGCGAUUAAUGACCCAAAUUCAUCUUCUAUGAUCCAGCCAACUCUCUAUCCACUCCGGUUGGAAAUUGCGCACUCUCCUUCUACUAUCAAGCAUAGUGCAAAAGAAGGGAAAAUUUCAGAAACCUAUGGGCCUUGGAGUCUUGUUACAAAAAAUCUAGGAGACAUAACAAGAAGAAUUCCAAUGUAGGUAUUGGAGAUCAGAAGUCUAUUCUCCCUUCCUUGCAAAUCUCAAGUGGGGAAGUUAAUGUUCCAACCAAGCAAGUUGUUUCAUCUAGGGAUGGUGAUAUCUCCAACAUACCCUUCAAGUUUUCCACUGAGGCUUUCCUCAUGCAUCCAAGAAGAUCUGACCCAAGGUAUGAUAGAGUCUAUAAGACUCGUUUUGCUAAGGAUCUUCAUCGUUUGGGGGCCAAUUACUAAUAAUCCUAGGAAGUGGAAGGAGGGUGGCGGGGACGACUCUCGUUAAGGUGUUCAAUAUUGGGGGUCUCUACAUGGUCUUCUUGUAAGGGGCGCCUCAAUUCUCUUGGUAUUCCCCCUUUUGGAGUGGACCUUACCCUAUUUGUUUGAUACUUGCUAGGAGCUCUGGUGUGUCCUCACUUUGACAACAAAACAAUGAUUUUUUGUCCCUUUUUUGUGAAGUAUAGGCAUAUUUGGGAAGUUUUAGCUUGUUCUAUGCUUCUCACUUUUUUAUUUUGUUUUAUCUUGGGAGGUUUCUUUUUUAUGCUUCUUCCUAGAUUAUACUCAUUGUAUACUUUUUGACCUUUUAAUAAAUUUCCUUAAAAAGAAAAUU